AUGGGUGAACUUAAGGCUGCCUUUCUGGCCUUCUGUGAUUUCACUAAGAAGGGUUCAACCACGUGUAAUGAUAAAACGCUAAAGAAGAUCUGCACAGAUUGCAAGUUGUACUCGAAAGAGAUGAAUGCAAACCGGGUAGACAUCCAAUUCCGCAAACACAUUGGAAAUGCCAAAAAAGAUGUCGACUUUGAGGGUUUUGUCAGUUUUAUAGAAGGUACACUUUCUGAUGCCUAUGCAGGUGCACAUAAAAUCAGCAAGGAGGAGGCCAUCAAGCAAAUUAAGGAAAAAGUUUCAAAAGGCAAUCCGAAUUUGAAUAAUGCUACACAGGUGGCUAAAAACGAUGAUGUGGAUCGCCUCACCGACGUAGCGCAUUACACAGGAGCACACAAAGAACGGUUUGAUGCAGAAACUGGGAAAGGAAAAGGUAUUGCAGGUCGGGAAGAUUUGGCCGACAACACGGGAUAUGUACAAGGCUACAAAAAUAAGGAUACCUACGAUGACAAGCAUAAGUAA